AUGGCACCAACCAAGGCACCAGUCAAGUCCGCCAAAGUCGCCAAGGCUGUCGACGCCAAGAAGAAGGUCGUCAAGGGUGGAAACACCACUCACCGCAAACAAGUGCGCACAUCCGUCCACUUCCGUCGUCCAAAGACCCUCCGUUUGGCCAGAAACCCAAGGUUUGCAUUUUUCCGCGGGAUAUUUCUGAGAUAAUUUCAGAAUUUUUCCAGAUUUGCCCGCAAAUCUGCGCCAGCCAUCCCAAAAUUGGAUGCCUACAAAACCAUCCAACACCCAUUGACCACUGAAUCGGCCAUGAAGAAGAUUGAAGAUCACAACACCUUGGUCUUCAUCGUCGACGUCAACGCCAACAAAAAUCAAAUCAAACAAGCCGUCUUCAAGCUCUACAACGUGAAAGCGCUCAAAGUCAACACUUUGAUCACACCACUCCAACAAAAGAAGGCCUACGUUCGUUUGAGCGCUGACUACGAUGCUCUCGAUGUUGCCAACAAGAUCGGAGUCAUCUAA